ACAUUUUUGUUCCUUUAUGUACCGAAACAAUUCUGUUUCGCAAAUGGACAGCAUCACAGUGGCAAGGGUUUGUGCCAUUUAAAGUACACAGAGGAGCUUUUGGAAAAGUCUCAGAUGAGAAGGGUAGAGGAACAAAAGGAGAGCUUGAAUUGGUUUCAGCUUGAAAAGUCCCAGUAAUAUGGAUAAUUAUAGUAUCAAUGUGGCUUUGUCCUACUUUACCUGUUGUUUUGUCAUUUUUUUUUAAUUUAUAAGUUGGUAACAUUGGCAGAUGUUACUGUUAGUUAUGCUCUACUUUUUAUGGGGAAAAUAUUUGUAGUUUAAUAGUUUUUACAAUAAUUUAUUCUCUUUCUUAACAUAAUUUCUUUACAUUUUGUUUAUAGUCCUGUUUGUACUAUUUCAUAUUCAUUAAAUUAAUAAUGAACAUUCAGUUACACAUUAUUUUAAUGUUUCCCUGUCACAGUGUAACUACACAAAUAAGUACCAAGUAAUAUUAAUCCUACUUAUUAAAGAGUUAGAUUUUGGUUUAGGGUUAGUUGCUUGUAUGCAUGCAUAAUUUGCUGUUGUGACUAUAAUAAGCAUAUGUAGCCUAACAGGAACAUUAAAAUAAAGUGUUACCGAAUAUUCUUCACAGAGGGGAGCUUUGUGUAAUGGCACAGUUGGGGUGGGCAUCAACCGCCUGAAGAUGUCACUUGAUGUAAUUUGCAACCGUCCAAUCACAGGACAUGUAACAAGGGAUGGGGCAAUGUCUUUGUUUUGAUUGGUUAAAAGAUCGAGUUGGUAUGAUAGACGCGCCCUAGUGAAUGCAAUCUGACAGUCAUACUCGGCAAAAUGUCCACGCGCAGCGCAUGACUGAGAGGAGGAUUAUAGAACAUACUCAUCUGCUUUCUUAAAAAUGGCACUGUAAAAUUAUUUGUCAGUUAUCCUAACAAGUACUUUAUUAAUGUGUUUUUUUUAUUUACAGGCUGCUAAAAGUAGGCCUGUUUCUUGUUGAAAGGCAAAUCACUCCAUCACUUGUUUCCGGGCAUUCCGCGAAUUUGGCGAUUGAAAAAUGGAUUUCGUUCUCAGCGGCGUCGCUGCGUGUGGCGCUUGCUUUUUUACAAACCCUCUGGAGGUUGUCAAAACUCGAAUGCAAUUGCAAGGAGAGCUAAAAAGCCGAGGAACCUACCAGGUGUAUUAUAGGAAUGUAUUUCACGCCUUUUACACAAUUGGCAAAAUAGACGGACUGGCUGGUCUUCAGAAAGGUUUGGUCCCCGGCUUGGUUUAUCAGUUUUUUAUGAAUGGGGUCCGUUUGGGGUCCUACGCCAUCAUCGAGUCCUUGGGCUACAUUCAUACGGACGGAAGGGUCAGUGCUGCAAAGAGCACAGUGUCCGGGGCCAUUGCCGGUGUGGUGGGCGCUGUAAUGGGCAGCCCCAUUUACCUGGUAAAGACACAUCUUCAGAGUCAGUCCACUUCCUCUAUUGCAGUUGGACACCAGUAUAAGCACAGGGGUAUGAUGCAUGCACUAUUGGCCAUCCAUAAACAGCAUGGAAUUCUGGGUUUGUGGAGGGGGGCAAGCGCAGCGGUCCCAAGGGUCAGUGUGGGGUCAGCUGCUCAGCUCUCAACUUUCUCUGCCUCUAAAGAGCUGGUCACUGACCUACAGAUGUUCUCUGAGGGCAGCUGGUUAAUAGCACUGAGUGCUGGUAUGAUCAGCAGUGUAGUAGUUGUAUUAGCUAUGACUCCUUUUGAUGUGGUCAGCACUCGACUCUACAACCAGCCUGUGAAUCAUCUUGGCAAGGGUGUACUGUACAAAGGUUUCGUGGACUGUUUCUCUAAGACACUGAAGAAAGAAGGAAUGACUGGUUUGUAUAAAGGACUCGGAGCCUCCUACUUCCGUCUCGGACCUCAUACCAUCCUUUCUCUGCUUUUCUGGAAUGAGCUGCGCACUUUGUACCAUAGCAACAGCUAGCGUUUUGCUAUUGCCUACAUCAGCAAAACAACUGAUGUUUCCCUGAUUAGCUGAUUAAAGAAGCAAUCAAGCACUAAGGUAUAAAAGACCCUUGCUAUAUUUUAAAUAUAGUCACAACGCACAGCAGAUUGACUAUACUCGCAGUGCAACAUGGCCUCAAGUGCCUUAUUGCAUUUAUAAAGCAGUUACUACAUAUUAAAAUAUUAAGAACAUUUUUUAUUAAAACAUUAUUUUAUUAAGCAUCAAUCUUCAACUGGCAACCUUCUACUAGAAGUACUUCCUGAUAUAACAAUGUUGCUAUGCAACAAAAAUUAUGCGCUAUGGGAUUUACACAGUGAUGUGGUAAACUGAGCCAUUACUAUAUGGUGGAAUAGCACAGCUGGAAUGCUGCAUUGACCAAGAAGCCAAGACUUGAAUUAACACUCGUUUAGGAUGUACUGUAUGUAGAAGGAUAUUUCCUUAUACAUCACACUCCAACAAAGUUUUGCAAAAGGUUUAAUGGAAACAUAAUAUAUCUACACUCACUGGUUGAAUCAAAGUUACUUUAAGUUUUGCGUGCACUUGAAUUAUGCUAAUUAAUUUCCUGAAUCCUGAUUCUGAUUUGGUGACUCAUGUUCCAAGGGUGUUGACUGUUAACUGAAUGAUUCUUUUCAAAAUACUUUUUAUAUAUAGUUUAACCCUUUCCUAAAGAUUAAAUGUGAUCCACUGGAUCAUAAUCAGUU